CAGUGACCUUUGAGGAUGUGGUUGUGAACUUCAGCAAUGAGGAGUGGGGUUUGCUGAGUCCAUCCCAAAAGAACCUCUACAGAGAUGUGAUGGGCGAAAACUUUAGGAACUUGGCUGCAAUAGGAGGACUUGCAGAUAUCCAGGAAGCUAAAAAAGAAUGCAAGAUUUCCUGGAGAUACUUAAGAAAUGACAAGCUAGGGAAGUCCUAUGGACAUACAUCUUGGAAUCAGUGUAAAGAAGUAUUCCUCUGUACUGCAGAAGGUAAUGUGAAUGUGAAAGAAACAGAAGCACACCACAAUGUUCAGAUACAGAAAAAAUAUUGCAGUGGAGGGAAACCCUAUGUAUGUCAGCAAUGUGGAAAAGGUUUCACCAAAUCGGGACAUUAUAAGCAACAUGAAAGAAUUCACACUGGAGAGAAACCAUAUGUAUGUAAGCAAUGUGGGAAAGUUUUUAAAACACGUGCAUAUUGUAAGGUUCAUGUAAGAUUUCACACUGGAGAGAAACCUUAUGCAUGUAAGCAAUGUGGGAAAGCUUUUACCACACAUGGACUGUGUAAGGCACAUGAAAGAAUUCACACUGGAGUGAAAUCGUAUGUAUGUAACCGAUGUGGGAAAGCUUUUAACACACAGGGAUAUUGUAAGAAACAUGAAAGAAUUCACACUGGAGAGAAACCCUAUGUAUGUAAGCAAUGUGGGAAAGCUUUUACCCAACAUGGACAGUGUAAGCAACAUGAAAGAAUUCAUACUGGAGAGAAACCCUAUGUAUGUAAGCAAUGUGGGAAAGCUUUUACCACCCAUGGACAGUGUAAGGAACAUGAAAGAAUUCACACUGGAGUGAAACCGUAUGUAUGUAACCAAUGUGGGAAAGCUUUUAACACAUGGGCAGAUUGUAAGAAACAUGAAAGGGUUCACACUGGAGAGAAACCCUAUGUAUGUAAGCAAUGUGGGAAAGCUUUUAACACACAGGGAUAUUGUAAGAAACAUGAAAGAAUUCACACUGGAGAGAAACCCUAUGUAUGUAAGCAAUGUGGGAAAGCUUUUAACACACAGGGAUAUUGUAAGAAACAUGAAAGAAUUCACACUGGAGAGAAACCCUAUGUAUGUAAGCAAUGUGGAAAAGGUUUCACCAUCUCUGGACCUUGUAAGCAACAUGAAAGAAUUCACACUGGAGAGAAACCCUAUGUAUGUAAGCAAUGUGGGAAAGCUUUUACCCAACAUGGCCAUUGUAAGCAACAUGAAAGUUCACACUCAAGAUAAAACCAGUGUAUAUAAGUAUCAUGAGAAUUUUUGAGCACACGUACGUAUUGCAUGAUGCAUGAAAUCUUCACACUGGACAGAAAACUUAUAUAUGUAAGGAAUGUGGGAAAGGUUUCAGCAGAAACGCUCAUUGUCCAAUACAUGAAAAAAAUUACAUUGUUGAGAAACCCUGUGUAUGUGACAAAUGUGGGAAAGCUUUCACCACAUAUGGAUAUUGUAAAAUAAAUCAAUGACUUUACCCUGAUGAGAAACCCUAUGCAUAUAAAAAUGUGGCAAAGCUUUUACUGCAUAGUGAAAUAAUUCACACUGGGAAGAACCACUGACUAUAGAAGCAAGUAGAGACACUUUCAGCAGCCAUAUUGUAAGUGAAAUAAGUGAAAAAACUCACACAAGCUAUAAAUUCUAUGUGUUAUGGGAACCCUCAGCACACAUGAUCAUUGUUACAUAUCUGAAAGGGCUCACUGCAUCCUAUGUGGAUUAACAAUGUGAGAAAUAUGGCAAUCCAUGUUUGUUGUUAAAUACACAGAAAAAAAAUCACUCUUCAGACAGUGUAAAUCUAUGUUUACUUUAAAAAUCCCUAGGAGACCUGAAGAAAUAAUCAAUAAAGAAUUUUGAUGUCAAUAUUUCUUCACAAUUUUACAGAAAUGACAAAUCUGAGAAUGUCUACUCAAGUGUACAUGUUGUAUGGUUUUCAGUUAAUCACUUGUACCUCUUUAGAUUUUUUAAAGUGUCUUUGUGCUUCAACAUGGUAUCUUGUAAUUAAACAUGAUAAACUAAAAUGGGCUUUUCAAUUUCAAGUAUGGAUAGUGUCUAUGUACUUAAUAUUUUGUCUUUAAAUAUUUUAUAUUUUUGUGAACUUUAGUGUUGUUUAUUUAAAGAGAAAAAAACAGAAAAAUGUAUAGAAAUAAUACAGAAUUUCAGAAAAAUAAUAAGAAAUCACUAGUUGAUUUGUUACAUAUUGUCAUCUUUGAAGUAGUUCAAG